CACACGUUGGCGCGUGGGCGUAGUUUGGGGCUAGUACUCGCGUGUCCGGUCAACUUCUGGUACGCGCCCACAGUGCACGUGCAGGGAAGCUUAUUUAAACACAUGCACGCACACUCUGCGUUGUAGACGAGAGUCGUGCGCAGAUUUCUGCAUCACCCGGAAACGCUUGGAACCUCUCAACGGGUAUGUAGUUGACGCGGGUCGUUGCGGCGUCAGUGGAUAGUCCGGUUCUUGCGGUUCGGGGCGGAGAGGCCAUCAGGAUGACGCGGCUUUGGGCUGCACUUCACUGGGUCACCGUGGCGCUUGUAUACCGGGCCCUUGCUCAGUACUCCAGCGACCAGUGUAGCUGGCGAGGAAGCGGUCUGAGCCACGAGUGGCAUCGCAGAGAUGUGGAGCAGGUCUACUUACGCUGCUCCCGCGGCUCGCUGGAGUGGCUGUACCCCACCGGCGCCAUCAUCGUCAACCUGCGCCCAAACACAGAACCCUCAUCUGCAAAUGGGGCGAGGCUCCACGUGUGCAUCAAACCUGAGCUUCACUCGCGGGGUUCUCACUUGUAUUUGGAGCGCACUGGUGAUCUGAGACUGCUGAUGGCCGAGAGCGAACAUCCUCAGAGAAAAGUCCGUUGUUUCAACCUCGCCGAUGGAGCUCUGUUUGUGGAGGCCGUCCCCCAGGCAGACAUCAGCCGGAGGAUCACUGCUUUCCAGUACGAGCUGGUGUCCGGCCGAGGUCCCGGGGCGCACUUGUACCCACACCUUAACCCUGCCUUGGUCAAAUGUGAACCGUGUUCAGAUGAAGAAGUCCUCAUGGCUGUGUGCACCAGUGACUUCGCGGGCAGUGGCACCUUUCAAGGUGUGCUGUCGACCACUGACAAACACCGCCAGGCCGCGUUGACUCUGAGUCGGCUCUUCCGCCAGAAGAACGGGCUUUUUGCUGGUGCCGGGGCCAGAGGGCGGCGUUGGACGGGGCGUGUCAACAUUUCCAGAAAGUGUGGCGUUCCCCGUGGAAGAGAUGAGUACCUUGUGACCGGCUCGGUCCAUUUUGGGGAGGCGUGGCUUGGAUGCGCACCGCGCUACAAGGACUUUCUGAGGCUUUACGGCACAGCAGAGAGAACAGGAAGCAACCCUUGUCACAUCGACACUGACUGACGGAAUGGAAAGUGAAGCAGCCUGAAAGCUAGAGAGUGGACAUCAUUUUCAGUCCAUCGCAGAGAUGGGCCAAAGAGCAUGUGCGGGGUCUACAAGCUUAUAUUGUUGCUGUGCAGCAAAACUGUAAACAAGUGACCUCUGCCAAAGCUUUGUCACCUAGAACUUGAGCGACAAGGUGGCAAAGUGAUGUUUCAAGGUUAAAUUAAGUCCAAUUCGGCGAGAUUGACAACAAGAUAGCACUGGUGUGUCCUGUCAUGAAGUGCCACUUGAUACAUGCUGUAAAUUAGGUUAUAGUGUGAGGGCUAGUUUUAAGGUCGUCCGAGUUGGCUGAUCUACGCUGACUUCUUUUUGCCGUACUGAAGCAUUGAAGAGACGUCUGCUGUUAUCGUCACUACCAAUCUAAUCGAUUUGUAUGCACUCUGUGACGUAAUGGUCGUUGUACUAAGAUCAGUCUUUGUAAACCUUUAAAUGUCAGAAAGUGAGAUGUGAACAACUCGUUUGUUUGAAACAGCUACAAACGUUUUAUGGAUUUUCCUCAAGAUGAUGCAUUGUUUUUUUUAUCAUUCUUGAAAUGAAAGUUUGCUUUGUAAAAAGCUGUGUUUGAAAAAAAAAAAAGGAUCUUCUUGCAGAAGUGUACAAAAUGCAGCUCUGUGAGUCUUUAUAUAGAGUAUACGUUAUGCUAAUUUGCUAUUGUGUUUUGCAAAGUGUAUAUAUUUACAGAAAAUAAAGUUUGUUAAUUGA